GAUGAGGAAGGCCCUCCAUUCAUCAAACAAAGCUUAUUUGGCUAAUGAUACAAAAGUUAAUAUUACAAUAUGAAGGAUUGAAUGUGCAGAGCACUUUUUGACUCUUUGUCAAAUCUCUCUCUCUCUCUCUUAAUUCUUCCUUUAAAAAAAAAAAAAGAAAGGAAGAAAACCCACAAAUUAUAACAAUUUUUUUUUUGUUGUAUCAAUUUAUAAACUUGUUUUAUAAAGCGAAAAAAUCGAAACUAAUCAUGAGAAUAAUUGCGAAGGGACUGGCAGUGCCAGUUGGCGGGUGCAGUCUUCUUCAACCUGCUGCUUCGAAUUUGUUGGGUAUGUGGUAGGUUAAUAUACCAUGGGAAACGACGCCGUUUUCAGCGCUUGAAUUUUACUGUUGCUUCAUGCAUGAGCAGCGCUCCCACCAGACUCAAUAAUAAAUUGACCUCACCUGCCAAUGCCAACACUGGAGCUGGGAUUAUUUGGAAACUGAAUUCCCAGAAUUAUUUUACUGAACAGAGACUUGGAUCUGAAGUCUGGACGAGCUCAUCACUCAUCAGAGCUAUUUAAAAAGACUUCAUGGUGUAGCAGAGUCCGAGAAAACGGAAAGAGAGAGGAAGGAAACAAAAAAAUCUAGAGAACAGAAAAAAGAAGAAACAGGGAUUUCUCGUAUUGCUCUCUUUUUCCCUGCUUAUUAAUUUGGAGUGCAUAGUGUCUCUUUAAUUGGGUCCCUGAAAGCGGCUCCAAUUUUCCCUUCUUUUUCUUUUUUCUCUUUCACUGAUCAUAAGGAAUUAGUUCUUUUGCUCAGAUCUCAACUCUCGAAGCUUAAGUCAGCUCCUAUAACUACUGGGUUUUCUUCUUCUUCUUCUUCUUCUUCUGCUUCAUCAUCUCAUCUCAGGGAAGCAGUUCUAAACUCAAAGAGACUAAAAGGCUUUUGUGCGGAACAGAGCAGCGAAUGGAUUUUCUACCCCUUUCUCUUUAUUUGCAAGCCUUUGAAUCACUCUCUUUUUCGAUCUGAUACACCGGAAGUCUCUGUUCUGGCAGCGCCCCUGUUUUUUUGUUUUUAUUUCUGUUUUCAUGUGAAACCGCAUUUGGACUGGUUUGGGGGGUAGGCACUUAGAGAGACACAGAGUAUUCGUAAUUGACAACCAAUCGUCCAAUGAGUGUUGUAACUCCCUAACCCCACUUCAGUUCUCUCUCAAAAGCAAAACGAGAUCAGUGGGAGUCUCGUUUGGUACAGCUGCUGGUUUUCACAUAUUUGUCAACAGAGGUUUCCCCUUUCUAGGGCUUUCUGAGCUUAAUUCUCCACUAUAAAAGCACAAAAGAGAGCUCUUAUAUCCACAAAGGCUCCAAGUUUAAUUCAUCUUGGGCUGCAGAGAGGUUAUCAGACAAUGCAGUCUCAGAGACCAGCUGAUCAACAAGCCAUGGUUUCCAACCUCAACGAAACAGAGCAAGAAGGAAAGGAGGAAGAAAUCACAGAUGAAUCCAUUUUUAGCGUCAAAAAUUUUCUUUGGCAUGGUGGGUCUGUCUACGAUGCUUGGUUCAGCUGCGCAUCGAACCAGGUAGCCCAGGUUCUGUUAACGCUGCCCUACUCAUUCUCUCAAAUGGGUAUGCUUUCCGGCGUUAUACUUCAAAUCUUCUAUGGUAUUAUGGGAAGCUGGACUGCGUAUCUCAUCAGUGUGCUCUAUGUGGAGUACCGAACCAGAAAGGAGAAGGAGAACAUCAGCUUCAAGAACCAUGUCAUACAGUGGUUCGAAGUGCUGGAUGGCUUGUUGGGUCCGUACUGGAAAGCCGCUGGAUUAGCCUUCAACUGCACCUUCCUCCUCUUUGGAUCUGUCAUACAGCUUAUAGCCUGUGCAAGUAAUAUAUACUACAUAAACGACCGAUUAGACAAGAGGACAUGGACGUACAUCUUCGGAGCCUGCUGCGCCACCACCGUCUUCAUCCCAUCCUUUCACAACUACAGGAUCUGGUCCUUCUUAGGACUGGGAAUGACCACCUACACCGCCUGGUACUUAACCAUCGCCGCCCUGGUCCACGGCCAGGCGGAAGGAGUGACGCACACAGGCCCAACAAAGCUAGUACUGUAUUUCACUGGCGCCACCAACAUACUCUACACUUUCGGUGGCCACGCCGUCACUGUGGAAAUCAUGCAUGCAAUGUGGAAGCCUCAAAAAUUCAAGUCUCUGUAUCUGAUAGCCACCCUUUAUGUCUUCACCCUAACAAUCCCAUCUGCCGCGGCAGUCUACUGGGCGUUCGGCGACGAACUCCUCGACCAUGCCAAUGCUUUCUCCCUCCUUCCACGGACCGGUUUUCGUGAUGCUGCUGUAAUCCUAAUGCUCAUCCACCAGUUCAUAACAUUUGGGUUUGCCUGCACGCCACUGUAUUUUGUGUGGGAGAAGGUAAUAGGGGUACAUGACACAAAGAGCAUAUGCUUAAGGGCAGUGUCCAGGCUGCCUGUGGUCAUACCCAUAUGGUUCUUGGCCAUUAUUUUCCCCUUCUUUGGACCAAUGAACUCCGCCGUUGGGGCUUUUCUGGUCAGCUUCACAGUCUACAUUAUCCCUGCUCUGGCCCAUAUGCUCACUUACCGAAAAGCCUUGGCUCGACAGAAUGCAGCAGAGAAGCUUCCAUUCUUCAUCCCGAGCUGGAUCGUGGUGUACGGGGUGAACCUGUUUGUGGUAGUAUGGGUUUUGGUGGUUGGGUUUGGAUUUGGGGGAUGGGCCAGCAUGACCAACUUCAUCAAGCAAGUUAGCACUUUUGGACUCUUUGCCAAGUGCUACCAGUGCAAGCCCCCUCCCCCCACUCCCACCACCCAUCAUUGAUCUCUCCUUCCCCAUAUACAAAUGUUUUUCAAUAUCUCUAACAGGGUCUUGGAUGCAUGGAUUUUGAAAUUUUCAUUUGAAUUUGUGUAAAUUCGUACAGAACCAACACGAUUUUGUAUUGCGUUUUGUCCGAAUUUGACAUACAUUCAAACUUGAAGUGUGAAAAAUCUCGCAUUGUAAAUGGAAAUGGAAAAGCUGGUGAUAGCAUCUUUCCCUAGAUUUGGUUUGAUGCAUUAAUUUCUUCAAUGUGAAUGAUUAGAGAUUCCUUUGCCAUCAAA